AUGGACAUAAUUUCUGCUAUUGAAUUUGACAAGUCUGGUGAUCAUCUUGCUACCGCUGACCGCGGUGGUCGAGUAGUUCUCUUUGAACAGACAGGUUCAAAAGAUCAGCAUGGAUCAAGAAAGGAUUUGGAGAGUACCGACUAUUCUAAUAGCCGGCAUCCUGAGUUCCAUUAUAAAACCGAGUUUCAGAGUCACGAGCCCGAGUUUGACUAUCUUAAGAGUUUGGAAAUAGAAGAUAAAAUUAACAAGAUCAAAUGGUGCCAAACCGCCAAUUGGCUGAUAAAUCGAGUUUCUAAAGCUUUGGAUAUGUUUGGUAAAAUUCAGUUGAGAAACUUGCAGAUGGAUGAGUUUAAUAUUCAAUGUGCUUUCCGAUAG